ACACGUGCGUCUUAUACUCCGCAGCAUGCAGUGGCGUAUCAUUGUUCUUUUCUCGACAAUUACUUCAUGACUCCGAGCCACGCUUUCCCGGAGUCCAACCUGACAUUUCAGCACACACACACUUAAGAUAAUAAAACAAUAUCGAUCACAAAUCACCAGCAAUGAGUCACGACUGACGGAGUCACGCGCACGUGAAGAGCCAAGUGACGCAGCAGCAGCAGCUGUGACUUGCAAGAGAAGGCCGACUCAAGGUGGCGUAGCGGAGCGAUGAUGCCGUGCAAGAGCCAAUGCGCAUAUUGACAUGUACACGUGUGUAUAUAUAUACACGUGCGUACGUACGCGCACACACGCACACCCCGGUAUAUAAAACGCGACUCCUCCUGCCAAAGCCCGCUCCGUUAUAACACAGCGCCGCACAGGAAUCUGCCGCAUGUACCCUGGGUGCCAGGGCUGAGAGUGUGCGGAUCCUGACCACCGACAGCUCAGAUCUGCUGCUCUACGAACUGGGGCAGACAGCUGCUACAGCAGCAGCAGCAAGUCACUCAAAUUUACAAAACCAAGAUUCUUUCUCUUUUCGCCGGUCUAACCAACGGGCCCGCUGCCCCUUGCGUUGUUCGUUGAUUGCUUGUGCAAUUAUUUGUGUUGCCUUGUUGCUUUGGUUUGGAGUUGACUUGUAGCCGCUGACUGCGACAAAGGCGUGCUCCAUCCAGUGCGUGCUGCUCCCAGCGAGCGGGCACAGCACAAAGUGAAAGUCGCUGGCGCGCAGUUGUUCGCUGGUGCUGGUUACCGGUGGUCCACGUUGGUGGUCCACGUUGGUGGUUCACUUUGGCCGCUCGUCGCAAGCAGGACGAGGAUGACGAGGAUGAUGAUGAUGUGCGCUGUCGCCUGUGCCCUGCUCGCGUUCGCCUCAGUGCUGUGCAGCGUCGGCGCGAGCCACCAGCAGCAGCAGCAGCAGCCACGGCAGGACUGGGUGGAGUGCUCGGCGGCGCUGCGGCUGUGCAAGGCGGAGGCGGCGUGCAACCAGUCGUUCCGCAGCCUGGACGCGUGCGUGCACGGCUCGCCGGGGCGCGCGGGCGCCGACUGCAUGGACGCGCUCAUGGCGCUGCAGUCGCAGCCCAUCUACGGCUGCAAGUGCAAGCGCGCCGAGAAGAACGAGCAGCGCUGCCUCAAGAUUUACUGGACCAUGCACAGCAGCUUCGAGCAAGAUGACGACAUAUUCGCAAAAUUGCAGGAUACGCCUUACAUCCCACUUCAGUUGGAGGGCGAGACGGGCCUGGCGGCCGACGAUCGCAUGGACUGCGUGGAGGCCACGUCGGCCUGCAACAAGAACGCCUCGUGCCAGUCGCACCGCACCGAGUUCUUCAUGAAGUGCAUGCGGCCCUCGGAGAGUCCGUGCGACCGCGAGUCGUGCCACGUGGCCCUGCGGCGCUUCUACGACAACGUGGCGGUGGUGCGGAGCCGCAGCCUGCUGUUCUGCACCUGCAGCACGGAGAACUGCGAGGACCGCCGCCGCCUCACCAUCAUGCCCGAGUGUUCGUACAAGCAGAAGGAGCGCCCCAAUUGCCUCAACGUCCACGCCAAGUGCCUCCAUGACCGCGUGUGCAGAUCUCGGUUGGAUGACUUCCGGAUGAACUGUGCACCAGUGAGCUACUGCAGGGCUGGCUGUGAGACAGAGAACUACAAACGAUGCCUCUACGCCUACACUGGCCUCAUCGGCACGGUCAUGACUCCCAACUACAUCAACACCAGCCUGGCGGUGUCGCCGUGGUGCACGUGUGACGGCAGUGGGAACAAGCUGGAUCAGUGCCAGUACCUGCUGGGCCUCUUCACGGACAACCCCUGCCUGAAAAGCGCCAUCUCCCUGUUCACUGCAAGCGGCGACCACGGCGUGAUGGGAAACCACAACUGUGCAACACCAAACCCGCACAACUCCGAACGCUUCGCGGCCAUCAACGAAAACGAAACCUCGACAGUGGCCAAGGGCUCAACCAAGAUCCUGCAGUCGGUUGGAGGGAGAGAUGCGAAGCUGAAUGGUAACGAUGAUAAUGGAGGUCACAGGCCUCAGCAGUUUGCAGCAAUUCUCAUCACCCUGUGUCACCUCAUCGCUACCACCAUCUGCCUGUCGCCCUGAAGACGACCACGACCCAUGCGUAGAACACAUGAGCAGAUCAAUGCGUGUCAGACGAAAGGCUGAAACUGUAUAAAAUGUACCCAUUGCUGGCCAAGUACAUCGUUUGCCGUUUAAUAAUGCACACAGCAGAGAUUUUGGCCGUAAUUGUAAUCGCACAGAUUUUAGUUUUACUUCGAAUUUCAGCUCCUUUGAGUUCAUGUUCACGAGAACCGAGACACAAUUCAAGUAUUCAAAAACUUUAGCUUCAGAUUAACCUAUUAUAAUCCUGGAAUUAUAUUUUUUACAUGCAUAGCACGGUUGGUAAGUAAUUUACAUUGACAAGACCUGCAUAAAUUGUACAACCUGAACUCACUUUUUGCUUCUGACAUAAAAACAAAUUGAUGUUUGGCCAAAUUCCCCAUUACAGGGAAACCCUAACAGUUAUAGUUCUUCAUAUCAAUACCAGUCAUGAAUUUCGAUAAGAUGCGGGCAUAUCUAAUUGUUUUUCAGCAAUGAGUCGCUCAUUACACAGAGCUCCUCGCUGCAAUUUUUUUUUUAUUGAAGGUUGAAAAACCUCAGUAUCGUUAUACAUUAUUGAUUCCUUAAUGCAAAAUGUAGAUCAAUGCCACAGAGCAGCCCUCUCAGAUUGCAGACAGUAUUUUCCGUAUAUACAAAGUUUUCAUUCGCUCGCAUAUUCCUACACACGGUGGCUAAGGAAGAUUCCUGUACAUACACGGGUAUAAUUUUGCUGUACAUACCUUUAAACACGUGGUUCUAUGUGGUGAGAGUGCACACGAGUGAAUAGCAUUUAGAGAUUGUUCAGAAUUUGACAUGGGAUAAAAUGUAAUUAGAUUGCCAAAAAAAUCUAAAUAGCACUUGUGCAUGAUUGGUCCCAGCAGCAAUUUCACAAUGAGGUGUUACAUUUUUUUGAUGGUCUGGAUUUUAUUUUUUGCAUCGGUUAAUUAAACGAAGCCAGCGACCUCCACGUGUCCUACUUUUAUGCCACUGCUGGGAGGUCUAAACCAUUCGUGCGAGGCAUCUACAUUGAAAUACUGUUUAUUCAUUACAAUUACAGGCCCUCUUUUACUAUUGGAAUAAGUCACCCUACUAUAACUGGUCCACUGAGUCUUUAGCAUAACGGUGCACUACAUCACAACACAGCGGGAGUAAUGCGGCCAUGAAGCAUGUGCCAACCACAAUCUAAUAGAAGUUCUGGACAUUGUAGAAAGCAUGCUUGCUCGUGUUUUUUUGUUCACACAUGGCAAUAAUGCAUUCGACGAUUUAAAUUUCCAUCUUUUGCUUAUUUUAAGAUAUUAGUCCUGUAGUGUGACACUGUUUAAUGCAGAGGGCGGGGGGCAUACAAAAACUUAGGGGGACACCGCACAGGCAAUGUUAAUCAUUAAAUGUUAAACGCGGAACAGAAUGAGGAAUUAUAUGGGGCCUGCUUUUGUCUAUUGUGCGUUCUGCUGGGGCUCUCGCUCCCUAUGUGAAUAUUGGGCUGACAUUUUAUUCACUUGGCUCAAAGAAUUUAGAAGGGGGAUUUAGCUUUCAUUAUUUCAGCAGUGGUGGGGGGGGGUUAACAUCCCCCUCCAACCCCCCUUCCCAACGCUGUUGGAGCACCAGCGAUGAGCACGGUUGGCUACGCACGGUGCGAAAGAAGUUCAGCGUGCGUGCAUGCAACAUUAUUUUAGCCGAACUGCAUUUUAAAAAGUAGCUCGUGUUCUUUGUAUAAAUAGGACUUGAUUGUAGUUAUCUGCAACAUGCUCGGGCUAUUGUAGGACUCGUUUUAUGUUGUUAUUGUAUCUGAUUACUUUGUAUAUUUUUUAUAACCAUAAAUCUGGAAUUAUGCACUUAUUUAAUGAUUUUAAAAAAG